GGGUUUCAGUCAUUGUUUACAAACUGCAUCGAAUAUCUCAAACACAAGUUAAGGUUUUACACCGCCCAUCAGAAGCGCCAAUUGUCAGGUCCUAAACUAGGGGCGGAGCUCGGUUACUCUCCGGGACUAGACGGUGCGAGGGAGGGAGCGGCCAGCUCACUUAUCGCGGUGUUUCCUCCCUCCUCCCGAGGGAGCUCUCGCGAGAGAAGUCAGGGUAAGAUGGCCGUGCCCUGUUUUCCGGCGUGAGGUAGUGGCGGCGGCUGCGGCAGCGGGGACAGGGAUCCUGGUGUCGUGGGCACCUGAGCUCUAGCUCCCCCCAGCGAGCGCGCGUCCCUUCGUGCCUAGGCGAGAGCCGGCUCUUCUCCUUCCAGGAGAUGCGUUUGUCCCGGGCUCGGGGGCACCCUGAGAGUUCAUGCUGCGCUGGAGGAUCCUGGCCACCGCUCUAAUCGCCUUGCGCCGCCGCAGCGCCAGCUCCGUCGCGGGCGGUGAGCCUCCCGGAUCCCCUCUCUGCCCCUGGCGGCGAUGACCGGGGAGAAGAUCCGCUCACUGCGGAGAGACCACAAGCCCAGCAAAGAAGAGGGGGACCUGCUGGAACCCGGGGAUGAGGAAGCGGCGGCUACCCUAGGCGGCACCUUUACGGGAGGCAGGCUUGGGACAGGCGGCGGCGGCAAGGGCGGCAAAGCCUGUCAUAAGAUCUUCAGUAACCAUCACCGCCGGCUGCAGCUGAAGACAGCUCCGGCCUCCUCCAACCCCCCUGGCGUCCCGGCCCUGCCGCUGCACGGUUCCUCCGUGACUACCACCUCCCAGUCCCCGGCUCUUCUAGCGGGCACCAACCCCAUUGCUGUCGUCGCAGAUGGAGGCAGUUGUCCCGCACACUACCCGGUACACGAGUGCGUCUUCAAGGGGGAUGUGAGGAGACUGUCCUCUCUCAUCCGCACGCACAAUAUCGGGCAGAAAGAUAAUCACGGAAACACUCCUUUACACCUUGCUGUGAUGUUAGGAAAUAAAGAAUGUGCUCAUUUACUUUUGGCUCAUAAUGCUCCAGUAAAGGUGAAAAAUGCUCAGGGAUGGAGCCCGCUGGCGGAAGCCAUCAGCUAUGGAGAUAGACAGAUGAUUACAGCUCUUUUAAGGAAGCUUAAGCAGCAAUCCAGGGAAAGUGUUGAAGAAAAACGACCUCGAUUAUUAAAAGCCCUGAAAGAGCUAGGUGACUUUUAUCUGGAACUUCACUGGGAUUUUCAAAGCUGGGUGCCUUUACUUUCCCGAAUUCUGCCUUCUGAUGCAUGUAAGAUAUACAAACAAGGUAUCAAUAUCAGGCUUGACACUACUCUCAUAGACUUUACUGACAUGAAGUGCCAACGAGGGGAUUUAAGCUUCAUUUUCAAUGGGGAUGCGGCACCCUCUGAAUCUUUUGUAGUAUUAGACAAUGAACAAAAAGUUUAUCAGCGAAUACACCAUGAGGAAUCAGAGAUGGAAACAGAAGAAGAGGUUGACAUCUUAAUGAGUAGUGAUAUUUACUCUGCAACUUUAUCAACCAAAUCAAUUUCUUUCACACGUGCCCAAACAGGAUGGCUUUUUCGGGAAGAUAAAACAGAAAGAGUAGGAAACUUUUUGGCAGACUUUUAUCUGGUGAAUGGACUUGUUUUAGAAUCAAGAAAAAGAAGAGAACAUCUUAGUGAAGAAGAUAUUCUUCGAAAUAAGGCCAUUAUGGAGAGUUUGAGUAAAGGUGGAAACAUAAUGGAACAGAAUUUUGAGCCGGUUCGAAGACAGUCCCUUACCCCUCCUCCUCAGAACACUAUUACAUGGGAAGAAUAUAUAUCUGCUGAAAAUGGAAAAGCUCCUCAUCUGGGUAGAGAACUGGUGUGCAAAGAGAGUAAGAAAACGUUUAAAGCUACAAUAGCCAUGAGCCAGGAAUUUCCCUUGGGAAUUGAGUCAUUAUUGAAUGUUUUGGAAGUAAUAGCUCCCUUCAAGCACUUUAACAAGCUUAGAGAAUUUGUUCAGAUGAAGCUUCCUCCAGGCUUUCCUGUAAAACUAGAUAUUCCCGUGUUUCCUACGAUCACAGCCACUGUGACUUUUCAGGAGUUUCGAUAUGAUGAAUUUGAUGGCUCCAUCUUUACUAUACCUGAUGACUAUAAGGAAGACCCAAGCCGUUUUCCUGAUCUUUAACUGACAUGGAAAAUGAUGUCAUCUGACCAAGGAAAGCAAGAGAAUACAGAGACCCCAGAAGUGAAUCCAAAUAGAAGGGACAAAUAUUCAGCGGAGAAAAGGGAAUUACAUUGAAUCAACACAUCAGUAAAAUGAUAUGAUGAAAUGGUCCUUUAAAAAGAAUUUCAGCAAGUUUCCUGAUGUGCCAUUUUCAGUCUUUUUAAAAAUAUACAUAUUAUAAGUGUAAUAGUUUGACACCUUAAUGACCCUGAGUACUUCUUAUGUAAAACAGCUCUAAGUGCUGUGAUUUGUUUUUAAAGAUUUUUACACUUCUUGUUGAAAUAUAUAUGCAUAUAAAUAUAUCUAUAUCUAAAACACUCCUGGACCAUUAACAUAAAUUAAAUGUCUUAAGAGAUAUGAAGCCCUUUUAAACUUGUCAUCUUAUAUUCAAGGUGAUAUUUAUAAAUACUCCUUCAAGCUUUGUUUUCAUAAAAUGUAAACUAUGUAACAUUAUGUAUAGUUCAGUAAUUUGAAUGUUUGUUCAAUAUAAUGAACUAGAAGGAAUGCAGUUUUCUGUAGAUGAAUGAACCAAAUGGUAACCAUUAAACAAUUGCAUUUAUAUGUUGCAAUACAUUUCAGAAGGAGCGUUCACUCUGCAGGGAAUAAGGUACCUCCUUUAGCACCUUAGUGCAAUUCAUCGUGGUGCUAUUUGUUUUUACCUGAAUUCUUUCUUCAAUGGAAAAUGUUUGUUACUAAUCUUCCUUUCAUAGAACCUCAAUUUUUUUUUUCUAAACUUGAGUUUAAAAGUCCUUUUUGUGUUCAUGAUAAGGUGUGGUUAGCAUGCUUAAAGAUACUCCUCUUCCAAAUCUCAGCACUUUAAAAAUACUCCACAAAUUUUUAAACUUGCUUCCUAAUAACUGCACAUCAUUCUGAUUAUUUUGUUUUUAAUGGAACAUGGAUGCAUUCGUGUCAGUUUUAAAAAAAACAACCCACAUAUUUUGGACGUCCCUACAUAUUUAAUGCUUUCAAAGUAAGGUAAAAACAUUUUAUAUGCUAACAAUAUUUGUUACAAGCUAAAUUCCAGAAAUGUACACAGGAUCGACAAUUCCUACUGUUUAUUUUUUUAAGUCACAAGAAAAUAUUUAUUGAUUUUAAUUAAUCUCCGAAGUGAAAUCAUGCGUUACUCAUUUUUGCAUUUAAAAUUUUUCAUAUUUAUUCCAAGAUGGUUUGAAGGUCCAAGAAUGAAAAUAAAUUAGGGAGAAUAAUGUAUUACAGUCAUAAAAUGUUAUGCUGUAUUAAAGAGCUUAAAGAAAUGUUUUUUAAAUGUGUACUGAUAAAUGUGUCAGAAUGCAUCUGUCAAAUUUUGUAGAAUGACCAAAUAGUUUAAACUUUUUCCAGGAUUUUAACUAAUUUGAAUGAAUUUAGAGACUUAUAUUGAAGAGGUGAUUUAUUUAAAAAUCCAAAGCAUCAACCAUAAGAAAAUUUUAUAAUAAACAUCUUUAAAGCUGCAUCUUCCAUGCUGAAACAUACUACAUUGCAUAUGUUGACAUUUUAUUAAAUACAUUUUAUAAUGAAGUAAUCAUAGUUAAAAAUUCAAAGACCAAUUACUACCUUGUGUGGGUCUGUUGAAUUUUGUGGAAAAAGUUGGUAAACCCAGAUUAGGUUUAUUGAAUAGAAGUUGAUCCCUAUUAUUUUGGGAAUGCUUGUUGAUCAAGUGACUUGGAGAUUGAAUUAUCCUGUCGGUGAUUAUAUGAGGUGUGAGACACUGAACAGCAGUGGGCACUGUUGCUUUUAGGCUCCCUCGCUUUGUGGGAAUAUGGUAUGCUUCAGGAGUAGACUGCAGAUUUUUUCAUACGUACAGACAACUUAGUGGAUAAGAAACAUGGUAAAUUGCAGCUUGGGAUUUAUCAAGCUCCUAAAAGCUGUGAAUAUUUUGCUGGGGUACACUGGAGGUAGGAAGACUACUGAAAACUUUUGCACUUGGAUUUUGUUUUUAACUCUUCUUCUUUCAUAAAGAAUAGUAGAUUAUCCAUUCCAAAUUUUUUUUUUUUUUACUCUCUCAUAGAAGCUUAUUUAAAAGUUCAGUGGGUGAUGGGCACCCAUAUUAAGGAGAGCACUUGUUGUGAUGAACACUGGAUGUUAUAUAUGUGAUAAAUCACUAAAUUCUCCUUCUGAAACCAAUACUACACUGUAUGUUAACUAACAUGAAUUUAAAUAAAAAUAAAAUUAAAAAGUUCAAAUUUAAUGAAGCAAUCAGGAAAGACUUUGUUUAAGAAUUCUUCAGUCUUUGUUAAGAAUCCCCAGUCUUUCAGGGAUCAGCCCCUCUGGGUUGAUCCAGGUUUUAAA